AACCUUGAAGAAGGUUGCACUGUUUUCAAUGUAGGCAUCUUCACACGAAUGACUUAACGUUGUGUAAAUUAAUGCGAAUCUCCAUGUAGUUGCCACAAUUCACGGGUACUUCUCGUUUUGUUACAUAGUUUAACAUCCUUGAAGAAUUAAUCCGGAAAUGGGAAUUUGUGAUAAAAUCACGCUUGAGGUUGCACAGAAGACUCUUGACACUAUUCGAGAAAGUCUUGACACCAAAGAGUUCAGGUUUGAAAUUAUCACACCAGAAAAAUACGAAGAAGCAUAUGACGUCAUGGGUAACAAUUUUGUUCCAGACGAACCGAUCAGUAAAUCCAUUGGUGUCGUUUGGGAUGAAGACUUUGAAAAACUUACUUACAUGAAUUUAAUCGAUAAUAUCUCGUUGGCAGCGAUUUCAAGAGAAACGAACGAAAUGAUGGGCGUACGAAUUUCGGGUUUCUGGAGGAAAUCUGAUGGACUUACGGACCUAUCCUGGAUGAAAGAGGGAGGUGGCACAAAGAACCUGUUCACGUUUAUAACUCACAGGGAAGCUGAACUGGAUUUCUUUAAUCGUUACAACGUCGAGGAGGCGUUUCAUUUCUUUUGUCUGAGCGUAAGAGAAAACUAUCGUCAUCAUCAUGUCGGUGAACAUUUGCUACAAGGAGCAACGGAAUUCGCGAAGGCGUUGGGAUUUCCAGCGGUUAAAGGAGAAGGCCCCUAUUCCCAACGCAUCUACGAGCACAGUGGGUUUCAAAUUGCCAUGACAUUGCCAUAUGAUACGUACUUUGUAAACGGACGCGCGAUUGCUGAGGGCACCGGGGACAUUAAGAUGACCAAAGUCUAUGUUAAGAAAUUCUGAUUGCAUGUGUUAUAUACACAUGGGAUGAAACAUCAUUAGAAUCCAAUACAGGGUUAUACAUAUUUUUUGUCUUGUAUAACCAGGUACAUAUGCACUUUUAUGUAUAGAUAACGGACAAAUACUAUGCUUUAAAUAGGAACCAUGCUUCCUUUAGUUCGUAUAGAAAUAUACAUAAACUCUUAAAAAUGUUCUUGAUAGAACCUUAAUACUUUGAAUAUUUUUUAAUCAUGAAACAGGACAAAAUCAUCAGGGAGC